AUGAACUCUUAUGGUAAUUAUUUACCUCACCGUGCAGUGAUAAAACUAAGCAGCAGCACUACUCCAAUUCGUCCGGUGUUUGACGCUUCAGCGAGAUUAGCAAAUUAUCCAUCUUUGAAUCAGUGCUUGGAAUGUGGUCCUAAUCUCAUUGAGCUUAUUCCAAAUAUUCUUCUUCGAUUCAGAGAGGGACAGCUUGGCGUUAUAGCUGACAUCAGGAAAGCUUUUCUGCAAAUUAGUAUUCGUAAAGAGGAUAGAGACUUCCUUCGGUUUUUGUGGUGGGAAAAUAGAGAAGAAAAGAAAUUGAGAGUUUUUCGUCACACAAGAGUUGUUUUUGGGGUAAAAUGUAGCCCUUUUCUUUUAGCUUCAGUAAUUGAGUACCAUAUUCAAAAAUGUGAAGGAUUUGAAAAAUCUUUGAAGAAAAGACUUUUGGAGAGUUUCUACAUUGAUAAUGUCGUUACUAGUGUCGACAGUAAAGACCAAUUAGAUCGAUUCAUUGACAAUUCUAAAACCUUGAUGGCAAAAGGUGGUUUUGAUCUUAGAGAAUGGGAAUGGUCUGGCGACUGUGAAACUAAUUCAAAGGAAGAAACUCAGGUAUUAGGUCUUAUUUGGAAUAAGAAAUUAGACACUUUGAAAAUUAACAUGAAAUGGCUGGAUGGCAUUAAUGUGGAAAAAGUAACUAAAAGGAGUAUGUUAUCUACAGUACAUAAAGUAUUUGAUCCUUUUGGAUUCACUGCACCAGUGAUGCUCUGUCCAAAAAUAAUGCUACAAAAGGCAUGGACAUUAGGUACAAGUUGGGAUGAAGAAGUAACUGGUGAGCUUCGUAAAGAAUUUCUACAGUGGUUUCAAGAACUUAAGCAUUUGUCUGACAUACAGAUUCCUAGGUGUGUUCAAGCAUCUUCAAAAGAUAUAAGCAACUGCACUAUUCAUACGUUUGUUGAUGGAAGCAAAGAUGCAUAUGCUGCUGUUACAUUCCUUAGAAUAGAAAAUAAUGGUCGAAUCGAGCUAUUUCUACUUGCAGCGAAAUCUCGAGUGGCUCCUUUAAGAGGCACAACUAUCCCAAGAAUGGAACUUCUUGCGGCGGUGAUUGGAGCGAGGCUAGCGAAUUCAGUUGUUGAAGCUCUUGGUUGGAAAAAUGUUACGAUAUAUUACUGGAGUGAUUCUACAACAGUGCUUGCAUGGAUAUUACGAGAAGAAAAUUGGUCUGUCUUCGUUAGGAACAGAGUCCAAGAGAUAAGGAAGUUGAGUAAUCCUAAAUCAUGGAGACACAUACCUGGUGAUAAGAAUCCGGCAGAUUUACCUUCCAGGGGCUGCAAGGCAAAACAUCUAGUCUCCCUAAGAUGGUGGGAGGGUCCACAAUGGAUGAAAAAUGCUUUUGAAUUUCAAAACAUUAUGGGUUCCACCAACCAUGAUUGGAAUGAAGAAGAGAUUAGAAAGGAAAAGUCUAAGACGACUUUUAUAUUAUCAAAUAAUGAAGCCUGUGGUGUUGCAAACUGGUAUCACAGAAAUCAUACCAGGUAA